AUGGUGCUGGCAGUACAAUUGAAAAAUCUGUUUAUUCAGAACUUGGAAAGUGGGGUGCACUUGAAUACUGGCCGCAUUAAAGGUGCUUCCGUUUUAUUAGUGCAAUUGAUGGAGAAAAAAUUAUUGUAUCUUCCAUGUCGCCACCACAUUUUUGAGGUAGUUUUGAGAUUUAAUAUUAAUGAUCAACUUUUGCAUACCAAUCCAGAAUUAUGGAGUAAUAACGAAGAAUAUUUAAAGAGUAAAAAGAUUGUGGACGGAUUAAAAGUUACAAAUGAUACAGCAGAAAGGGGUGUUAAAUUAAUAACAGAUUACAACUCAUGUAUUACAAAAGAGGAAGAUCACAAAUAA